AAAUUCAAAUUUAUCCGUGAGAAUGAUUUGAUCACUUUUAAUAAAACCACUAUCACAUAAAAAUUUCCAAAUUACGAUAGAAAAAACAAUAAAUUAAAUCGGCUUCGAUUUUAAAAACAUCGCACCAUACCAAAACGCACCGAGAGAACAGUAAUCAGAGACAGCGACAACUACUGCGACUUUCCUCAAGGAAAGCAGCGUCGGUCAUACACCUAACUGAAUUGUUGUUCGACUUUCAAGAAUCCAAUAAUCACUCGCCACGUAUAAACUUUCGCAAAAUUAUUUGUCCACCUAUAUGGCUAUAACCACCUUAGUAGCUAAUAACCGUCAGCGGAAGCCGCUUCCAACAACUACCAGUCAUAGCAAGAUGAGGAAGGACUGAUUGGUGAGCUUUCAGUUAAACUCCAAGUUCUUCCACUCUCUUUCAUGGACUCCUCUCCCCCAAUUUUUCAAGAAUGGCUGAGCCAAAUCGGAGUUCACCUACCGCCUUCGCAUCUUCAUCUUCGUCUUACAGGGAGGAUUCAGGCACUGCGGCGUCGUCUUCGAGUUCUUCACAGGUUCGCGAGGAAGAGGAGGAGCGAGAUCACGAGUAUCCACAGCAGCAUAAUUUUCAUAAUCCAGAGCUAGAGAAUGAACACAUGGGCGGCCUUCUUUCUUAUAGAGGAAACUUAUCUGCUUUUGAUGAUUCACCUCCGAUGAUUAGAGAUGACACGUGGUCUUGCAUCAUCGUGGUUGCCACUUUUUGGUUUUUUGUUUCGACAACUUUGAUUUUGGGGGUUUACGGGACGCUGAAUAUACAACUUGGUCCAAAUUGUUCUCUGCUUAUUCAACCGAAUCCAAUUUUUGUUCAGAGUGUAAAGAUAGAGGAGAUAGAUGAUACCAAGCCUGGUCUCAAACUAUAUGGAUUUUAUAAAUCUCCAUCUCUAGAUGUAGUGACUACCUGGUCUGAAACUUAUACGGCCACUGUUCAAGCUGAUUCUCACAAGGAUUGGAUUUAUUAUUUGAACAGGGGAUCUCAAGUUAAUAUUUCAUAUAAUGUGAACUCAGCAGGCUCCUAUGUUUUCCUUAUAAUUGCUCAAGGCAGUGAGGGCAUUUCUCAAUGGCUUGAGAACCCAACCUAUCCUAACACCACUUUAUCAUGGAACAUUGUUCAUGGGAGCGGUAUGAUUGAGCAGGACAUAUAUAUAUCUUCAAGUUACUAUAUUGCACUGGGUAAUUUGAACUCAGAGGACGUGCAGGUGGAAUUAAACCUCACAGUCAGGGCUUUCAUUUAUAAUACAACUGAAGCUUACUACAGGUGUACCUUCGCUAAUGGGGUGUGUAGCUUGAGUAUCUUGUUUCCUCAGGGAAAUUCAGUUGUCUUGACUUCUCCUGGUUCAGAACAGAGUACAUCUGCUGAUGACUGGACUGUCAGAGUGUCAUAUGGUCCAAGAUGGAUUACAUAUAUUGUUGGCAUUGGUGGACUGACUGCAAUCAUGUUGGUUGCCUUCAACUUAUUAAACAAGUUUCAAUUUACUCGUGAAGUUGAAACAAGUGUUCGUUUUGGGGAGAUUGCUUCUGCAAGAGCCCCUCUACUUUCACGCAAAGAUGAUGAUAUCUCAAGUUGGGGUUCAUCGUAUGAUUCUGCCUCAAGUGAUGAGGCAGAUCUUGAAAAGUUCCUGGCAGGUUCUCUUGAAGGCAAUUCAAUAGGAGAUGGUGAAAACAGUAACAAUACUCGGCGACUUUGUGCAAUUUGCUUUGAUGCUCCAAGGGACUGUUUCUUCCUUCCAUGUGGACACUGUGUAGCUUGCUUUGCAUGUGGAACUAGAAUAGCAGAGGCUGCUGGAACUUGCCCUAUUUGCCGUCGGAACAUGAAAAAAGUGAGGAAGAUUUUUACAGUAUAAGGAAUACGCGGCACUUGCACAAACUGCAUCAGUGAGCUGCAGUACGUUUCUUUGAUGGGUAGCUGCUUGUUAUGCUGAUGGAUCCCUUAGUCAAGUGAAUAAUACACUGACUGGGUUAUCAGCAUAGAUUUUUUAAGGUGGAAUAAAUGAAUGAGCCAUGCAUUUUGUUUCCCCUUAGUGGCCUUCCACCAUGUGAGAAUCUCUGAUUGAUAUAUAAUCUCCCAGUACACGGAGUCAAAGAUUCAAAUGUUUUCCAUUUUUCCCUUCUGUUUUCAUUUUCCCAGACUGCCUCGACAUUGAUACUCAUUUGUUCUGGUUAAAGGCUAUCAAUUUAAGGCGCAGCAACUGAAAGCUUUUGGCGUUUCGCUUAAAUUGAGACAGUGGACCUCGUUUCGUAUCCUUCAUAAAAGCAGAUUUUCUUUGGAAAUUGAAAUCUUUCAUCUAGCCGUCUCGUUAGAAACAUGAAAACGACUAAUAUUUCUUUACGUUUUUCGAGUAUCUUUUAAAAUUAAUCUGAUGUCUUUUGGUACAAAUCAGCUGAAUUGUAAUGGAGUAUAUAAUAGUAAAUUAAAGAAAAAGAUGAGUCUAAAGCCUUUCGAGCUCCAUCUUAAGAAUGGUAAUUCCGGAAUUACAAGGAAG